AAUCUUACUCUUUCACGAGUGUGACAGUAAUGCGUUCCCUCUGCAUAUUUACAGUAAAUAAAAUCGUAUUUAACAAGCACUAUGACUGCUAUUUCAAAUGUUCUCCACACUUUUUUUCUAUACACACGACCCACCACUGAUUUUUCAACUGUUCAUAUACAGUUUUACAUUUUAGUUUUUGCAUUUAAAAAAAAAAAAAAAAAAAAAAAAAGAUUCUGUGUGACGUGUAUGUUCAUUGUGCAUUUCUUGUUAAUGCUGUCAGUAUUACACAAACAACUUUUGGAAUUUCUGUUUUCCACCUGGGGCUGUAGCGACCACGUGAACAGUCCAUUCCUGAUAGCAUACAUUUACUUCACCGUGGUUAUUCAUGUUUUUGUUUUUUAAUUAUUAUUAUUUAAUUGUACAUAAUUUCAAGUGCUUUUCCACGGUAUAGUAAUGCUGUAGAAAACGUGGAAAGAUAAGCAGUGGACGAAUGUUGUAGACACCAAGGAUUCUGUUACUUCUGACGACAGCUCAAAUGUGUUAGCAAUGUAGCCUAUACUUAAUACUAUUUAUUUAUUUAUUUACAUGAAAAGUAUCGAUAUUUAAUGUUCUCUAAACUGCACCGUUUGUAUUGACACGGACUGGAUACAUAAUGACCCGUGGUGCAUUUUAUUUUUCCAGGAUAAUAACCUGAGUGUUUCCAUACUUCCAGGUUAACACGACUGUUGAAUUACCGAUUAAUUCCGGGGACAGUCGAAGAGAACUCCGGAAGUGGUAGUGGAUGUAUUAUUGUGCGAGUAGGGUUACAAUGGGAGAAAUUACAACAGAACGAAUCAAAUCGUGUUUCAAUUUUAAACAACUGAAAUAAGAAAACGAUUGAAACCAGCAUUAUACGAUCCCGUUCUGAAUCCAGUGCUGUAGAACUCGCCAGAAUAAAGAGCCCUGAUACACUAUGUCGACAUACCACUGAUGUAGAAAGCAGGCAGCAGUGAGAGGCGAUGCAGUCUUCGGGUCAUCGGCUCCGGGAUGUGGAGCACCACCCCCUUCUCAACAACGAGGAGGACUUUGAUGGACCAUCCUCCGAGAGCGAGCUGCCUGACCGGGUCUGGUUCAUCCGGGACGGCUGUGGCUUGGUCUGUGCGUUCAUCACCUGGUUCCUGGUCCUCUACGCAGACUUUGUGGUGACUUUUGUCAUGCUGUUGCCUUCCAAGAACUUUUGGUACGCCUUGAUCAAUGGAGUCGCUUUCAACUUCCUGGCAGUGCUAGCCCUCACAUCCCACCUUCGGACAAUGCUGACAGACCCUGGAGCUGUGCCAAAGGGAAAUGCUACUAAAGAGUACAUGGAUAGCCUGCAGCUAAAGCCAGGAGAGGUGAUCUACAAGUGCCCCAAGUGCUGCAGUAUAAAACCUGAGAGGGCGCACCACUGCAGUAUUUGCAAGAGAUGUAUUCGAAAGAUGGAUCACCACUGUCCCUGGGUAAACAACUGCGUUGGGGAAAGCAAUCAGAAAUUCUUCGUACUCUUCACAAUGUAUAUAUCAAUCAUCUCUGCUCAUGCCCUCAUCUUAGCCGGCUUUCAAUUUUUCACCUGUGUCAAAGACCAAUGGACUGAAUGCAGCGACUUCUCCCCCCCUGCAGCUGUGAUCCUGCUGAUCUUCCUGUGUCUGGAGGCGCUGCUCUUUCUCACCUUCACAGCUGUGAUGUUCGGAACUCAAAUCCACUCCAUCUGCAAUGACGAAACGGAAAUCGAACGGCUGAAGAACGAGAAGCCCACCUGGGAGCGGCGGGUGCGCUGGGAGGGCAUGAGAACGGUGUUCGGGGGCCAGCCCUCCCUGCUCUGGAUCAACCCCUUCGCUGGCCUGCGACUACGACACCUGCAUUCCAGGACAAGAAAAGGGGGAACCGAGUUCUCUGUCUGAGCCCCGUAUCACACUGUUCUAUACCAAUGUCCUGUAUGUGUGUGGUUAUACAUGUACAGUACAAAUACACAUUUUGAAGACAGUCAGUCUCCUAUAUGUAACAAGAUAUUACUAUGGACUGCAUCUGUAUUUUAAGCUGGGACUAGUUAGUUGUUGCUUGUCAUCAGCAAGACUUGAGUUUUAAUACUGAUGACCAGGAUCUCCAUGAGAUUUCCUGAAUUGCUGUCUUUUUUUGGCAGGUGUUUUGAUUGCUGUUUUUACUUUUAAAUGAAAACUUUUAAAACAUCUACCCUAAAAGGAAACACAACCAAUGCCUAGAAGAGACUUUUAUUAAAUGGUCAGUAAUGAACACUAGGGUGCUAGUCUUAAAAGAUGACAGUCACCCUGGUUAUGGUCAGCAAUGGCUGCAAGCACCUGCUACAGAAAAAGAUGCUGGUUUGCCAAAGGCACUGGUCUGAUGUGCUGGAUUAUCCUGGAUCAUUGCUGCUCACUCGCUCAUGAACAGUUCUCAGGCCAGUUGUAGGUCAAUGUCUGUGUAAAGAGCUAGUUAGGAAACCACCAUAUACUUUAAAACCCCCGAAAGAUCUCACUCAAGAAGUUUCACUAUUAUUUUAUUUUAUUGUGUUUGAGGCUUUAAAGGAUGUAGUUCUAGUUUUAUUAGAUUACAGGAAGUAAUGUUUAAUUAGAUCCACAUUUUAUGAAUGGACAUACUAAGAUUACUUUAAUUAUAGCUAUGUUUUCUUUUUAUUCUGUAAUCACUCAUGUUGUGUAUAUUAAACAUCAGUCUUCCAGG